UUUUUUUCCCCUUUUCUUUUUUUUUUCCCACCGAAGCCGAGCGGGCGCUGCUAGCGGAGGCGCCAUAUUGGAAGGGACAAAACUCCGGCGACAGCGAGUGACACAAAUAAACCCCUGGAUCCCCUCGUCCCCCAGGCGCUAAAGGCCGCGAUGUUGUACCUAGAGGACUAUCUAGAAAUGAUUGAGCAGCUUCCCAUGGACCUGCGGGACCGCUUCACGGAGAUGCGCGAGAUGGACCUGCAGGUGCAGAAUGCAAUGGAUCAACUAGAGCAAAGAGUCAGUGAAUUCUUUAUGAAUGCAAAGAAAAAUAAACCAGAGUGGAGAGAAGAACAAAUGGCAUCCAUCAAAAAAGAUUACUAUAAAGCUUUGGAAGAUGCAGAUGAGAAGGUACAGUUGGCGAACCAGAUAUAUGAUUUGUGACAGUUUGACAAAGGAGGCAAGAGCAGACAGUGGAGUAAAGACAGUCUCGUCAAUAAAUGGUGUUGGGAAAAUUGGACAGGUACAUGCAAAAAAAUGAAACUAAACCACCAACUUACACCAUAUACAAAAAUAAACUCAAAAUGGAUAAAGGACUUAAAUGUAAGUCGUGAAACCAUAAAAAUCUGGAAGAAACCAUAGGCAGCAAAUCUCAGACAUUUCUCAUAGCAAUACUAGUAUGUUUGCCGAUACAUCUCCUAGGGCAAGAGAAACAAAGGAGAAUAAACAAAUGGGAUUACAUUAAAAGUAAAAGCUUCUGCACAGCAAAAGAAACCAUCAACAAAAUGAAAAGGAACUCAUUGUUUGGGAGGAUUUAUUUACCAAUGAUACAUCUGAUGAGCGUUUAAUUUCCAAAGUAUAUAAGGAAGGCAUACAACUUAACAAAAGGAAGAUAAACAAUCCCAUUAAAAAAUGACCAAAGGACCUAAAUAGAUAUUUCUCCAAAGAGGGUGCACAGAUGGCCAAAGACAUAUGAAAAAACACUCAAAGUCACUAAUUAUCAGAGAUGCAAAUUAAAACAACAAUGAGAUAUCACCUCAUGCCUGUCAGAAUGGCUAUCAUCAACAAAGCAACAAAUGACAAGUGCUGUGAGGAUGUGGAGAAAAGGGAACCCUAGUACACUGCUGGUUGGAAUGCAGAGUGGUGCAGCCAUUAUGAAAAACAGUAUGGAAUUUCUUCAACAAAUUAAAAAUGGAAAUGCCAUUUUACCCAAUGAUCCCACUUCUAGGAAUAUAACCUAAGAAUCCUGAAACACCAAUUGGAAAUAAUAUAUGUGCCCCUAUGUUCAUACCAGCACUAUUUAUAAUAGCCAAGAUCUUAAAACAGCCCAAGUGCCCAUCAGUAGAUGAGUGGAUAAAAAAGAGGUGCUACAUUUACACAAUGGAGUGCAGUGCAGCUGUAUAAAAGAAGGAUCUCUUACCUUUGAAACAGCAUGGAUGGACCUGAUGAGUAUUGUGCUAAGUGCAAUAAGUCAGGCAGAGAAAGACAAGUAUCACAUGAUCUCACUUAUAUGUGGAAUCUAACGAACAAAAUAAAUGAAUGAACAAAACAGACCCAGGUACCUGGAAGGAUGUGACAGACUGACAAAUCUCAGAGGCAAGGGGUGAGUGGGGGGCAGGAAAGUUUAUAUGCAUAUAUAACAGACAAUAGUGUUGUGAAGGCCUGGGUGCUGGGAUGGUGUCAUGGAGUAGGGGGUCAAUGGGGGAAUAAAAGAGGACAUCUGUAAUACUUUCAACAAUAAAUAUUAUUUUUAAAAUAAGCUCCACUUGGCACUCCAAUCUCUGCAUGGCCAGCACCAGCUGGACAAGGCCUCUUCCCAGGCUCCCACCUUCCCAAAUAUCUAUCUCCUCCAAACCAUCAAACCAAGUAGUGUGGGUACAGAUUUCCAGCCCCGUGCCCUUUCCCUUUGCGUGGGAACACAGAGAUGCACAGAGACCCAGCAGUUUAGCAGAGGGGGAGAGGUGCCACUCAUGCGCAAAAGAUGGGCAAGACCAAUCCUCUUUCCCAAACCACACAGUCUAAGUCUCUGAACAACUUUCUGCUCAAGGUCCUUCUAGAGAAUAGAGGGCCCAUCAAAGUCACUGCUGGGUACACCUAGCAGACCCUUCCGCAGUCCCCGAGCGCUGCUCCGUGGCCCCUCCAGCAGUCCCUAACCAGAGCGAACUUCCCAGGUUGAUGUUAUAAGGAAGACAUCACUCUGUGCUGGGCACGUCCAAGUCUUUCAGGGGGACCGAAUCCUCACUGAGUCCCGCUGCUGGGUGCUAUGCGGACUCCCCUUCUUUUCUCUGUUGCUCUCGAUUGGGGAUCCCUGCAUGGAGCUGAGAUCCUGUGCUGCCACAAUAUCCCUUGAACUUCCCAGUUGUACCUGCGCGAGGAGGUUCCUGUAUUUCCCCGUGUUUCCCAUUCUCAAUAUUUCAGAUCAGCUACACUUCUCUGGUCUCUCAAGAUAAUUGCUCUGCAGUUUAGCUGCGAGGCCAGUCCAGGGUUGGGAGCAAACAGAUGGAGAUUCCAGAUGCAGCCAUCUUGUAAUCCCCACGUUUUCUUUCUAAAUCUUAGGAGAACUACUGACCUAGUCGUGCACAGUGGGAUACUGAAAGUCAUCCUAGUCUCCUUGUCCCUAACUUCUCCACAUUUUGUUCAUCACCAUAUCUUGUUCAUUUUACUUUCUAACUACCUCUCAUUAUCCCUUCCUCUCCACUUCAGCCUGCCAUAGUUCAAGUUUAAAUAACUUUAAAAUAAAAUAAAAAUGACUGGAAUGCCUUUCCUUUCAUCUUUGCUUGGUAAACUGUACCCAUCUUUCAUAAUCCUGGGUAAGUAUUGCUUCUUUAUUAAAGUCAUCUCAGUCAUCUGGAUAGUUGUCAUUUAUAUCUAGAAGAGACUUCACCACUUAGAAAAGCCACACAAGAGCAAUUUAAACAAAUGAUUUAUUUUUCUCUUCUGUAAAAUAACUGUUAGAGGAGACAGACCAGGGCUUAUAAGGCUACUUCAACAUGCCCCAGACUCCUUCCAGCCUGUUCCCACUCUGGACAAGUAGAAUCGCAGUAGGGGAUUACUCGGAAGGGCACAUUUAGCAGCUUCAGUCAGCUCCUUAAAGAGCCUGCCUGGAAAUCUCACUACUGGCCAGCUGCAAGGGAGGCUGAGGUAUGUUGUUUAACAUGGCACAUUGCCGGCCCAGGUAUGUGGGAUUCUGUCAGGGAAGAGGAGAGAAGGCAUAUUGAGGAGGUGAUACACAGUUUGUGCCUCACCCAAACCCUCAACAACGUCAUGCCAGCCUCCAAAUCAUUGUGAAUCCCAGGAAUUUAUUAUUAAUCGAAUCACAUUGUAAUUACUUAUUUACCUCUUGCUGGUGUGUUUGUGUUUUCCCUGCUCUAAAUGUCAAGAACUAUGUUCUCAGUAAAUAUUUGUGGAACAAAAUCACCUGAAUAAGUUGAUGGAGAAAAAGGAGCAGUAACAUGACUCCCAAGAUAGGAGUCUGAAGGAUAGAUAGCGUUUAAUGGUGUUGUUGGUCUCAGAUAUAUUUUAGUUGGGUCACUAUUUCUCAGAAGGCAAUAGAGUUACAUUUUAGUGUGCUGAGAUUGGUUUGGUGGACUGCAGUGCAAAUAGCUUCUUCUUUUCAAGGUAUGGCUUUAAACCAGGAAAAGCGAAAAUCAUACAGCUCAGAUCAGUUUAGCUUCCUUUAUGGAAUCAUUUUCAGAGACCAAACAAUCUUAUGAUCCAUGUUUUUGCUCAGAUCUUUUUGGUGUUCCUCUUUUUCAACUGCUCUCAAUUUUAUUAGUUUCCCAUGUUAGGAUAGAUUUCCUUCUCUGAUACAUAAGCUCAUUUUGAAAGUUCUUCUAAAACAGGAUUUAUAGAUGUGCCUUCAACAAAAGGCACUGGUAUAAAAAUAUUAACACUUAUUGUGAUACAUGUGUCUUGGGAGUUUUAAAUAAAAAAUAUCUUCCACUUAAUAAUUAUACAUUACAUAGAAAUUUAUCAUUCUUUUCAAUUCCUAUGCUUUUAGAGAGGUUCCUUUUAAAUCACGACAAAACAUUUAUUAAACGUUAUUAGAUCUUACCAUACAAAGUAAUAACAAUACUGGACUUCCAGUUAACUCAUUCCCAAUAAAGUCUUAUUUUUGUAGAAUAAAAAAUAUUAGAGACAACCAGGGCCCUGAGAGUAGGUGAGGUUCUUAAUGAUUCUGUACCCUCAGAGCCUGGCACAAUAGACUAGUUGAAUGGUCUACAAAGGACAACAAAGGCUUUUUUUACAUGAUCUAAUCCAGAAUUUUCCACACCUUAAUCAUUUGCAUUCCACCUGUAAGGUUUUUACAAUGUCUCCAUUACACCUCUGUUUACUAAGUACAUUUUUAAAUGAAAGUUUAAAACUUCAAAAUUUGAUGUUGCUUACAUAAAUGGAAACUAGCAUUGCAAAUACAUAAUUAUUAAAAUGUUAACACCAAUUAUACACCCUCCUUGGAAUGCAUGUGCUCUGUGCGCUGUGCGCUGCACCAUAUUGCCAGAGUGGCUUUUGGUAUUUGAACACUUUGUGCUUGAGGCCAAGAAAUUUACUUUAUUAGCCUCACAAGUAAUUGCAAACAAACAUAAUGGCAUCAUUGACUUGUUAAGUAGGGAGGUCACUAAAU